AUGGCAAUAUCAAGAUACAGACGUGAUUCCAAGCGACUUAGCGUGAAUGUAUGGUACCUUCUUACUUGUGGUUUCUUUAUCGUGUACAUCACCUUUUUAAUUUCUUGGCAAUUUGGAGACUUUUCAUACUUGGCAUCCACUGAGCAGCUCAGUCAUCUCCGCACGGUACAUAAACAUCUUGAUGAUGCUUUCGACGUUGACAAGACUUUGCAAUACAAAAAUGAAGAACAAACACAUGAAAAUGGACAUUCAAUAGAGUCAAAAAAUGGACAUGAACCUAAGAAUGUGACGUUAAUGAAACAGAUUCCAGAUGCUGCUGUCUCACCUUUGCAUUCCAUUGCUUCGUCUAUAAAGACUAUCACAGCCUCUACAGUGAAUUCGACUUUGAGUAGACCACCUUUUACUGCAGUUUUAAAGUCUAAGACAUCGAACGAUGAGAUCGAAGAUAUCGUACCAUCGAUUUCUAAAAAACCUUUGAAUCCGACAAACUGGACGAUCUCUGGAUAUGCUGAUACGAUCAAGUUUUUGAAACAGUAUCAAUAUGAUCCACAGAAGGCGCUUUUUCUGUUUUUCGUAUGUAGUGAUGAACACUUUCAAGCAAACGAUUGGUCUGAAAUUUGUGUGAAAGGAAAAGAAAAUGUUUAUGAAAUGUUUUCCACAUCUUCAGAACAUAAUCAACUCGUGACGAUAUAUGCAGGCUCGAAGCAAUACUGGAAAUAUCAAAACGAUUUUUACAAUGAUCGAGAUUUGAAAAUUGUAAGUGUACCUUCGAUUCUAAAGUGGGAAGGUCGUGGUGGUCGUACAUCAGGAAUGCUGGUCCAAACGUCGCUUUAUGAUGUUGAGUUGGUCAAGUAUCUUUUCGCUAAAAACGGUUCACCUGAAUCGUUUUUUCCUGUUGAAACUGUUCAGAAUAAAGAGAUUGUCACGGUGAAUGGAUAUGAUGCAUUUGUGGACACAAUGACUGCGUUUGAGGAAGAGAUGAAUCCAGUGUCGACGUUUCUUAUGAUGGUAGCAGGUCGAUUUCAAUACAAUAAACGUCCCUGGUGUCCGUACUGCCGAUACUCGGAACUUCCACUUGAGUAUGCAUUUUACUCUUUUGCUCCAAAGAAUUCACGAUUGAUUCGAGUGGAGGUGACCGAUUCGUAUACGGAUUGGGAGAAACGAACAGAAUUUACGGAAGAUCCAAAUCUAAAACUUCAGCAUGUGCCAUUGAUGUUAAAGAUUGAUCUCGAACCAGCUGACAUUACGAACAAGAUAAAAUUUACCAGACACAUGUUUCGUUACGAUCGCUUGACCCCAUUACGUCUGUUCUUCAAACGAUUUACUUAA